AUGGCACCGUGUUUGGGAAUCUUUCUGAUUUUGGUUGGCGCUUGUAUCUUUCUCCAACUGGACCAUGUGGAUGGAGAUCAGCAGCCAAUUGCGACUGACCAUUCUCCUACAAGGAAACCAGAUAACAAAUGUGUCUUCCCAUUCAUCUAUCAAGGCAGACAGCAUUACGACUGCACUAGGGCUGAUUCCUUUUACCGUUGGUGUUCCUUAACUGAAAAAUACUCUGGGAAAUGGAAAUAUUGUGCUGCCGAGGACUACGCCAAAUGUUUCUUCCCCUUUGUCUACCGUGGCCGAACAUACCACACUUGCACAACUGAUGGGAGUGUUUUACUCAUUCCUUGGUGCUCAGUCACUCCAGACUAUGACCUUCAUGGAGCUUGGAAAUAUUGCAUGUGUCCAGUGUAUCUAACCCAUGGCCAUGAAUGUGAUCAAGCCUUUGAAACCCAAGUGAAGAAAAUCAAGAAAUCUCAAGCAUGA